GGGAGAGAUGUUAUAGGGUCUGUGCUGGUGUUGUCGCUGUCAAAGUGUUCGCGGAGAAAUGUCGGGAUAUAUUUUAUAAUUUUUACCUAAAAUCCUUUCAUCUAAAAUGACCAUAACCGAAACAAAUCAAGCGAGCAUACCGCAGUUAACAAAUGGUGAUGAUAAUUCAAAGAGCAAUGCCACCAGCAAGAGUGAAAAAACGCCAACAAAGGGGGAUGAUGUUAAGUCUGGCGACGACGAAGAGCGACAUCGGAGGGAGUUUGUGAAGGAAUUACGGAUUUCCCAUGAGAAUAAAGGGACGCCAUUCGCCAGAUUCCCCAAGAUAAGCGGGAAAGAAGUGGAUUUGUACAAGUUAUACGUUGAAGUGACCAGUCGUGGUGGUUGGCUAAAGGUCAAUCAACGCAAUGACUGGGAUGAGGUGCUGGAGGAGGUGGGCUUCCCCAACUCAAUUGUCAAUGCACCUGUAGCCAUCAAGUAUAUCUAUCUGAGGUAUCUCGAUCGCUAUGAAAAGCUCCAUUUCCACGGGGAAGAGAAUGAACGGGCGGAUGAUGAAGAUGAUGAGAAUAGGCACAAACGAUGGAAUGCCAGGCUCCUUCACAAUGUUCCCAAUACCUACAAUUAUCAUCAGCACGCAGUCUCAGAUUCUCAGAGGGCUCAGCACAAAUUGUCCACGGAUCUGUACAAGAGUUCGGAAUAUGACAAACUUUUCCUCUCUCUAAUGUCGCCAUUGCCCAAUGAGCAGGAUUUUGCCAUUAAUGUUUGCACUUUGAUGUCCAACGAGGGAAAGCACACGUUGAAAAUUGAGAGAUGCCCAAAGCUCAUUGACAUCCUCCUGGCGCAUGCAGGACUCUUUCAGCACUACACAAUGCGGGAAAUCUUUACGGAAUACUAUUCAAAGAUUCGGAAGCACUCAUUGCAGACUUUCUGGAAUGAUUGUCUGCAGGACAAGCCACAAAUACUCGAGUUGUCCUUUGAUGACUAUUUUACGUCGUCUGACGAUAAAUUGGUGCGUGCUGCUGAGAUCCUCAGUAAGAAUCUCCACCGGCAAAUACGUCCGGAUUAUGUGGUGGAUGUAGAUGAGGAGGCUGACAGGGAUUGUAGCCUCGAAGUGGCUGAAUUGAAUUUUCUGAGCCUUGGUCGGGGUUUGGGAACGCAUGAAUAUGUUGGACAGCGAAUAACGCAAAUUUCCACAAUUAUCCGGAAUUUGAGCUUCAUUGAGGACAAUGUGGGUGUUUUGGCGAGAAAUAGGACAUUGGUGAGAUUUCUGGUGAUGAGUGCAAAUAUUCGCUGGAGCAAUUUGCAUCAUAUGGGUUUGGAUAUACUGGGAAAUUUAGCCUUAGAAUUGGAUCUCAGUGAUCCGUCGACAGAUGACUUGACACGGUGUCUACUGUCGACGAUCACAGAGGGCCUGGAGUCGCAGGAUCGUGGAGUGAUUAUUAGCUGCCUGGAAGUAUUAUACAAACUAUGCCAAAAAUCCUCCAAUGAGGACCAUCUGCACAAGUGUUUGGACAAAAAGGUGUAUCGGCAAGUGUGUCUGUAUCUCAGUCUCAAUGACAUUAUGCUCUUGCUGUAUACACUGGAGUGCAUCUAUGCCCUGAGUCUUCUGGGGGAACGAUCGUGCAAUGCCAUUGUGCAGGUGCGAGGUGUUGUGGACACAUUGGUAUCACUGGUGACAGUAGAGGCUCAGAGUUAUGGAGCUGAUGGAUGUAUUUUGAUGCGAGUGGUUGAAACUGUGCCAGGAAAUGCAAAUCUCUCCUCACUGGCAUCACAUCACAUCAUCAAUAGCAGUUCCGUGGUUAACCUUCAACAGGGAAAUCUCAUCAGUCACUCCAGUUCUGGAUCAUCAACGCACUCACUCACAACGCUCAGUCAGCAGGAAGCUCAGAAAAUAUGCACAUCAAUUCCUCCACUGGUUGCUAACAGCAGCCCCAUUAAGGCCACAGUGCCAUCUCAAGUGGUAUCCAAUGCUGCAGUCGUGCCUGUUGGCAUGUCUUCACCCAAGAUGACCCAUAGCACCCCAAGUGUUGCCGUUGUCAAUGCAAAUAGCAACACCGCAACUAAUGUUGUGGUGGCCUCGAUGGAUUCGCAGGCUUCACAGCAGAAUUCACCCACUGUGGCAGCUAAACAUGCUCAACAACAAUUGAUACAGGAGAAUGAACAAUUUGCACUGGCAUGGUUGAGAGCAACUUUUGAGCCCGCUGCCAAUCUCAAUACGCGAAUUGAACAGCAAGAAUUGUAUAAAAUGUACAUCACGGCAAGCUCAAAGCUGGGCCGUCGAGGAGUUGUAUCUCCUGUUCACUUUCCCAGAUGCGUACGAUCGGUGUUUGGUGGUUCUGUUGGACCCAAUCCCAUGAAGCUGGACUCGAUGCCGUCGGAGAGUCCACAAUUCUACUAUGAGGGCAUCAAGAUCCGAGCAAAGCCACUCCCAGUGGUUCACAAGGGGAUUAUUGUGACGGCAUCUGCAACUCCGGCCGAGGUGACAAGUUGCAAUCAAACAACGGUGCAACAACAGAAGGUGACAGUGAAUAAGCAGCCACAGACACAGCCGGGAUCAAUUUUGGUAGCUCAGCUCAAUCAGAGCAAGAGUGUUGUAAUUAAUAAGAAGCCCUCAACUCUGCAAAAGCCACAGCACGCCUUAAACCAUCAACAUCCGGAAAAUCAUGUAAUUGUGGUCAGUGGCAAUCAAUCACAGCAGAUAACAAAUGUCAAUAGUGCGAUUGUAAAGCCGCUAAUCAAUGCAAAUCAAUCAUCGGUUGUUCCUCAAAUUGCAUCGACAACUGUAUCAUCGACUGUCCCAUCGACAUCAACGUCCAGCAGUAGUUUAAUUAAGAGUCUCUUGGCCAAUAAGGUAACAUCCCCUGUUAACGACCAAAGCGCUGGUAGUAGUGUUUCUACUUGUUUGAUUGCUCCGAAUGUGAAUCUGCAUCAGGUUGCACAGCGACAGCAUUUGCAGAAGCAGAAGGAGCUGGCACAGCAGAAACAGACGGGAAAUGGAGCACUUCCAACAACUGUCAUCAAUCAAGGUUCAAAUGCAACGGUGACACCGAUAAAGGCCAACAUCACGGUUAAGGGGCCAAUUGGUACAAAUGUGAUUUCUGGGCCGAUUUUGUUGGAGAAGAAAUUGCCUCAGGAUGAUCAUGCAGGGAUGAAUAAUUGGGAUCCUGUUCCGCCUCUAGCACCACUAAGUGGUGUUCAGAAUCAACGGGCAGUGAUUGUGAGUGCCCCUGUGAAGAUUGAUGAUGAUUCCGAUUCUACGGGUAAUAAUUCUGUGGCAUCCAGUAUCACGAGUAUCAAUCAGAAUGCCUUUGUCGAUGAUGCGGAAAAUUCUCUAACGAGUUUCGAAGGGGUUCUCGUGCAGAAUAAUCAGAGUUCAGCAUGUAGUACUGAAGAUGAAAAUAGCUCAAAAGAUUCACUAAAUAAGGCAUCACAUGUUGUUAGUGCUAAUAAAAUGUUGGCAGAUUUGCUGGAGAGAAAAUCACUCGAUCCACCACUUUUUGGUGGUGGUAGCAAUAGCAACAGUGGUGAGAAUAGCCUAAAGAGGAGACUAGAUUCUGGUGGUGGGGAUUCAAGUGAGGAAUCUUCACCGCCAGCUAAAAAGGCAAAUUCCACAAAUGCAGCUAGUGAUGUGAUUACAAUUGAUUCGAAUGAGGAAGAAGAUGAGGCUGUAACAGUUGCCCCGUCGGCCAAUGCGGCCAAAUUAUUUGCCGAAUUGGCAGCUUCGGCACUUGAGGAUGAAGAUUUGGAGGAGGAUGUUGUGCCACAGACCGAAGAGACGGCAGCAGAUGUUAAAGUACAAACACCAGCAGCACCGACAAAAACGGUGAUUGUGGAGAAGAAAGUGGAAGGACCAUCGACUACGGGGCAAAUGAUAACGGUUCCGGUGCCACUACAGAGGCAAAUUAUUAUGUCGCCGGGGGCUCAGCCUCAGAUGAUACUGUCACAGGGCGGAACAGCGAGUCUGGGCACUCCAACGACGGCGACGAUUAAGACAGAAUCGGGAUAUCAGACGGUUCCUGUGAUACUGCAACAUUCGGCAGGAGGGACGAAUCAGAUACAGUUGACGAAGACGGGACAAUUGGUGCAGCCAGUUCAAUUGGCUACUCAGCCACAGACGCAGUACGUCCUGGCCACAAAUCCACAGGGGCAGACCUAUGUAGUGGCAGCUCCUCAAGCAUCCCAUCCUCUGCAAACGCUACUGCUGCAAUCGCCCCAACAGCAAGGAACAGGAACAAAAACCAUCAUAAUUCUGCAACAACCGAGUGGAGCAGGAGGUGGUGCAGUGACCACUGGUACUCCGCAGAAGAUUAUCAUGACACAGCAAGGGCAGCAAAUGGUGGUGACUCAAAUGCAGCGACCGGUGCAGCAUCAUGUCAUUGUCAAUCAACUGCCCAACAAUCAGACCACAAGUAUUACGAGUACUCCGACAAUUCAGCCCAGUGUCACGCUCAACACUGUCGUCUCCAAUGCCCAACCAUCUGGCGCCUCCGCCGGGGUUGUCGUGGAGAAGAAGGCGCCACAGCAGAUCAUUGUAACAACUCAGCAGCCGGCGCUGGCAGCUGUGAGUUCAGCAAUUGCUUCUCCUCCAACUACAAACACUGCAAAUGUGACAAUUGUACAGAAGGCAGCGACGACUGAGGCUGAGAGUCCGGCUCCAGUUUCGACAGCCCCGACGCAAUCUCAGGCCACAAUUGUGACCACAAAGGAGGCUGGAAAAGUGACGGUUCAGGUGACGACGAAUAUUCAACAGAAUUCUGUGCAGAAUCCAGCGAAUCCGCCUCAAUCGCCAAGUCCACAGCUCUCCGCAGGAUCUAAAGGACCGUCUCCCACCCCACAAACCACCACACCAGCUGCCCAACCGACCAAGCCUGCGGAAACUGCCACAUCAGUCAAGCCGGAGCAGGAAGAGGUUGAAGCCAGUUGGCUUUGGGUGUGUGAUUGGCGAGGAUGUCCCAGGAAGAAGUUCAGAUCAGCCAAUGAAGUAUACAUUCAUGCAUGCAAUGCACACUGCCCCAAUGGCCUCGAUCCAACUGCCGAGAUCUACUGUCAAUGGGGUCCUGGGCCAAAUCUCUGCGACAAUCUGCCUAGGAAGAGAUUUUCCCUCAUGACACACCUCUUCGAUCGUCACUGCACAACUGAGUCCUUCAAAAUGGCCGUACAGAGACGAUUAACAUGCGGCGUUCAGAAUAGUGGGACACAUCAAACACAUCCGGUGACUCUGAUAAAGAACACCGGAAGCCCCAAUACCGUCUCAUCGGCAGCUUCUGCAAGUGGAGAUGGCGGAACUGCUUCUCCUGCCCUCUCGACAUCGUCUUCCAGUUCCUUGACCUCUGCUCUGCCAAGUGUAGCAGGAAGUGCAGCAAUGCAAGCGAUUAAACGACAUCAUUCGAUGGAAUUUGUCAAUCCCAAGGAACUUAUGGAUGAUAAUGAAGGUCCAGUGACCAAAAGCAUCCGCCUGACGGCCUCAUUGAUUCUCAGAAAUUUAGUUAAUUACAGUGGAUCUGCAAAACGGUGAGUUUUCAUUUUUUUUUUCAAUUAUUUUGUGUCAAAUAUAUUUUUGGUAUAUUUUGGGUAAAGAAAAAAGAGACAGAAAUGACUUUUUGACUGGUUUUCAAGAUGUUUUG